AUGAAAAGAUGUGUGAAAUCUCUAUUUCGAAUCCAAUAUCCCUUUGGCACUUCGAAAACAUCUCUUGUUCGAUCCCAAUUUUGGUACGCAAGUCAGCAUUGGAUGAGUACUCUUCAGCAGUAUACACCUCCGGAUAUCUCCGCCUUUGAUACUCAGACUUGGUGCAAGAUGAAUAAAGACUUGCGAGAGGAGGUCAUUGAAUACCUAGAUUGGAAAAUGGAGGGAAAUUGGAAUCAAAUGGGUGAAAAUGAAUCAAGAGCAGCAUAUAUCAUAGGCUUUGGGAAAUGGGGCCCUCGCGCGACAAAAGGAUCUAGAGAAGAUCAGCAGGACAUGUCCACUCCUGAGAUAAUUGUAAGAGGCAUUUUCAGCUCCAUACUAUUUACGGCUUUGGGCGUUUGUGUCUUAAAUUAUCAAAAGGAUAAAAAACUGCAACAGAAGCUAGACGCAUUAAGAGAAAGUAGUGACAUGCCAUCACAUUGA